UGUCUGUAAAAUGUCGGUAAUAAUAAAUAGUGUAUUUGUUUCAAUAUGUCUUUUGCAGUUAGUGUCGUCUGCCAGAAUGAACGGACCAGCUCCUAUGUCUUCUAACCAGUACGAGUUGAAACGUGCAGAAUUUUUGAAAAAUGAACAAGAAAAUAGUGUCGGAGGUACCUUGGAAUUGAGUGAAGAUGAGUUAAAAGCCAAUGCGACUUUGAUGGGUUUCAAAAAACAGGAAUUGGAUGAAGGUUUUAAGGAUCCUGCACGUUUUCCGCCGGCAAGGAGUUUCUUGGAAUCAGUUAAUGAUGUUAGGAAUUCUCAAGUUUUUGGUUUGCUUAAGAAAAUGCCGAAGGGUGCAGUUUUGCACGGACACGAUACCGCGUUGGUUAGUAUAGAUUUUGUUAUUAAAAACAUCACGUAUCGUCCAAAUCUUUAUGCCAAAUUACGACAAGCCAACACGGGAUCCAACCAAAUUCUUGAGGAAUUAAAAUUCUUCCCCAAACAACCCAGUGAUGGGCUAUGGAAAAGUGUUGCACAAAUAAGACAGACUGAAGGUUGGACCAGAUUCGGUGGCAUUUUCGGUAAAAUCACACCAAUGUUAACCUACGAACCAGUCUGGACAGACUACUUCUACCAAAGUUUAAAAGAAUUUCACGAAGACAACAUCAACUACAUAGAAUUCCGCGGUACCUUACCCAACGUAUACAGACUAGACGGUACCGAAUUAAAAGAAAAAGAAGUUUGCCAACUUUAUGUAGACACUUUAAACAAAUUCAAAAAUCAACAUCCAACUUUUUUCGGUGCCAGAUUCAUCUACGCCCCUCACCGUUUAGUAAACAACCAACAAUUUCUGGAAUAUGCCAGGAUUGCAAGGGAUCUGAAAAAUGCUUUCCCGGAUUUUGUGGCUGGAUUUGACCUUGUUGGACAGGAAGAUUUGGGAGAAACUCUACACUCGUUUUCGACAGAGUUGGAGGAAAUGCAGAGUGAGAUGAAUUUCUAUUUUCAUGCCGGUGAAACUGAUUGGAAUGGAUUUUCGACGGAUAAUAAUUUGGUGGACGCCGUGCUGUUGGGAACUAAGAGAAUUGGACAUGGUUAUGCUUUGCUGAAACAUCCCCAGGUAGCUCGAACUGUUAAGAAUAACCAAAUUGGCAUCGAGGUCUGUCCGAUAUCAAAUCAGGUUUUGGGAUUAGUAAGCGAUUUGAGGAAUCAUCCUGGAAGUUAUCUAUUGACAAACAAUUAUCCGGUCGUCAUCGCUCCGGAUGAUCCCGGAUUCUGGGGCGCCCAGGGAGCUUCUUAUGACUGGUAUGAAGCGUUUAUGGGACUAGCAGCCAAAUGGCAGGAUCUGCGUUUAUUGAAACAAUUAGCAAUAAACUCCAUUAACUAUUCCUCUUUGGAAGGACUGAAAAAACAGGAGCUCAUGCAGGAGUGGGAAAAGAGAUGGGAGAAAUUCGUCGAUGAUGUAAAUAAUGGAAGUAAUAUGAGAAUCGAUUAUGCUUACAUCAUGUUGGCAGUUAGCUGUUUGCUCAUUUUUAUUUGCAGUUAACAAUGUGUAAAAAGUGAUUUUAUUAUUUUGACUGAUAUAUAAGUUUAAUAUACUUAAUAGAUUUAUAUUUAUAAAUAGUAAUUCGAAUAUUUUUGUAAAUGAAGUGUUGUAAUAGAU